AUGGGUCAGUCCUCUUCUGAUACAUCUCAAAAUGAAGACCAUGGAUAUUUGGAGUCAAGCUUCACUGCAUAUUUUAAGACUAUUAAAACAGAAAACAAAAUCGUUUCUCAGGAAACCAUCAAUUUAAUAGAAUUUCAUCUGAAAAAGGGAAACAUUUAUUGGGCAAACUCUGUAAUCAAUGCUACAUUAAAAAAUAUUGAUGACAUCCCAAUCAACAUUGCUGUGACAGGAGAGUCUGGAGCAGGGAAGUCCAGCUUCAUCAAUGCCCUGAGGGGGGUUGGACACGAAGACGAAGGUGCAGCUAAAGUUGGGAUAGUAGAGACAACUAUGGAAAGAACUCCAUACAUACACCCCAAAGUUAAAAAUUUGACUUUAUGGGACAUGCCUGGCAUUGGAACUAUAAAAUUUCCGCCAAAAGAUUAUCUGGAGAAAAUGAAAUUCCAAGAGUAUGAUUUCUUCAUUAUUGUUUCUGCCACACGUUUUACGAAACUUGAACUAGACCUUGCCAAAGCAAUCAGAUUCAUGGGAAAGAAUUACUACUUUGUGAGAACUAAGGUGGACAUUGAUUUAGACAAUGAAAAGAAAUCCAAACCACGGACCUUUGACAGAAAAAAGGUGCUACAGCAAAUUCAAAGUUACUGUGAGAAUGCGUUUAGUCAGAAUAACAUGGAUGCACCGCAGAUUUUCUUGAUUUCUAACAAUGAUUUAUCUAGCUAUGAUUUUCCAGUCCUGAUGGACACGUUGACAACAGAUAUUCCUAAUGAAAAGCGCCACAAUUUAAUGUUUUCCUUGCCUAAUAUUACUGAGACAGCCAUUGACAGAAAGCACAAGUCUAUGCAGCAAUUAAUCUGGUUGGAAGCCUUCAAGGCUGGAAUUUUGGCUAAUGUUCCUGUAGCGAGCAUCCUCAGGGAUGAUGUGAAAAAGCUGAAGGAGAAGUUAAACCACUAUCGAAACCUCUUUGGAGUGGAUGAUGAAUCCCUGGCAUUCAUGGCUAAGGAUUUCCAAAUGCCCGUUGGACAGCUGAAAAAACUCAUUAAAUCUCCUGAUUUAUUAGAAACCAAGGAAGAAGAAACAUUAGAAGGAAAGCUUUUGAAAUAUUUGAAGACAUCUGUCUCGGCUAAUGGUGGGCUCCUUGGUUUAGGUCUUUACUUUUUAAAAGACUUUUACUUGCAAUUUUAUUUAAUUGAUGCAAUUACUGAAGAUGCCAAAGUUCUCCUUCAAGUGACAUGCUCAAAAAACUAG